GGUGCAGGCAUUGCUGGUGGCAUCGCUUACAAUUCUAGUAAUACUAAGGUUCUUCCCGUUGCCGUAGCAGAGGAGAAGCAGACAACAAACGAGCCAAAACCCACUGCUUUGGAUCCUAAGAACUUUGUCUCUCUCAAGCUUCUCGAAGUUGAACCUAUUAGUCAUGAUACCAGCGUUUUCCGUUUCGCUCUACCUGAAGGUCAUACCGCCGGUCUCCCCAUUGCUUCAUGUGUUGUUGCCAAGUAUACUCCUGAAGAGGGAAAGCCUAUUGUCCGUCCUUACACUCCCGUGUCUGAUCAAGAAGCUGAAGGAUACGUUGACUUUAUCAUCAAGAAAUACGAAACCGGUACACUUACGCCUAUCAUCCACAACCUCAAACCCGGCGAUUCUUUGGAAUUUAAGGGUCCUAUUCCUAAGUAUGAUUGGGAGAAGAACCAAAAGGCUAAUGUUGGUAUGAUUGCUGGCGGUACUGGUAUCACCCCUAUGUUGCAAAUCAUCCGUCGUGUCUUCCAUGAAAAGUCUUCGGACAAGAACACUAAAAUCACUCUCAUCUUUGCCAAUCAAACCGAUAAGGAUAUUUUGCUAAAGGAGGAGUUGGAUAAGAUUGCCAAAGAACAUCCUGACCGCUUCAAGGUUGUGUAUGCUUUGGAUAAGGCCCCCGAAAAGUGGGACGGUCUUGUCGGUUAUGUAGAUAAGGAAGCCAUCAAAAAGUAUUUGCCUAGUCCUCAACAAGAAGAUUCUAUUAUUUUCAUCUGUGGUCCUCCUUUGAUGGUCAAGUCUAUUGCUGGUGCUAAGGAUAAGAUGCAACAAGGUGAAUUGGAUGGUUAUUUGAAGGAAUUAGGUUAUGCUAAAGACAAUGUCUUCAAAUUCUAA